AGCACAGAGCCCCAACCAAACUCUGUAUGCUUCAGUCUGUAUGUGUUUCUCUUGUUUUCAGAUAAACUUGUUGUUUUUUUAUCACAGAACAUUCUGACAUUCCAGAAAAUGACAGAGUUCUUCUACAGUAUAACAUCAUAGAGCUGCAUUCUAUCAGAACAGGCUUAUGAGUGAGAACUUCAGCCAGAAAUCAUUUCAGUAUCAUCUGUUCAGACAGGAGACACGAGAAACAUAAAGUCAAUCUGCGCUACGCUUCCUUUGAAUUAGCAAAACUUGACAUAGAAACAUGCGAAAGCAUAGAAACAGAAAACGGUCGUCAGCGACCUCAAGAAGAGAGGAAAAGAAAAGAGCACCUGUUAACUCAGAGCUACAACCCAAUGACGUGCUGAGAAGCAGUUGGAGUGAAUACCUGCUUCAGCACUUCAUGUUUGACGGGUUCUUCAGCAGAGUCGCUCGGUGUCAAGACAAAAACACCAAAGACACUGUGGCCCUCAAGAUCUUCAAGAAGAGGAGCGAUGACUCCCAGGAGCCCAACAGAGAGCUGGCCAUGCUGAAAAUGAUCCGUGGUCUUGAUCCGCUCAACGUCGUUCGAUUCUGUGAGAGUUUCGAACACAUGGGGAAGAUGUGUCUUGCAUUUGAAAUGCUGGACAAGAAUCUCCACGAGCUGCUGAAGGAGAGACGCGGCAACCCGCUCUCUCUUCAGCAAAUCAGAUCUAUCACAGAACAGCUGGUCUCUGCACUCGGAGCUUUGAAGACUGUUGGUGUGAUUCAUACAAAUAUCACACCACAAAACAUCAUGCUGGUUAACCAGAAAGAAACUCCCUUCAGAGUCAAACUCAUUGACUUUAGUUCAGCCAUCAAAGCUGCUGAAGUCAAGCGUGGCGUCAUCAUGCAGCCUGUCGCAUACAGGUCUCCUGAAGUGAUUCUGGGUCUUCCCAUCUCAGAGGCUGCAGAUAUGUGGUCUCUGGGUGGUGUUCUGGCAACCCUGUACCUUGGCAGUGUGCCGUUCCCUCAGCGGUGCCAGUAUUACCUGAUGAAGACUAUGGUGCAGACACUGGGUCAGCCGGAGAACCAGGUCCUAGAUGACGGCACCCACACGCUGCUCUAUUUCAGCCAGAACCAGGACUCCACAAAGCCAGCAUGGAGGCUAAAGACGGCUGAUGAGCACAAGGCUGUGACUGGCUUCCCGCCCCAAAAUCACAGAGGCAGCUCAGCAAGGUUCAGCAGCCUGGAUGACCUUGUGAUGCUGUACCCAGAGGGAGAGAAGAUUGAGGAAAGGACAGAGUUUGUUUGCCUGCUGAAGCAGAUGCUGUGUCUGAAUCCUCACAAGAGAAUAACCCCAAGUCAAGCUCUGGGUCACCUGUUUAUAACCAUGAGCCUACGGGGUGACGAUGAUGAUGCCAUCUCUCAUGAGACGGCCUCACCUGCUCUUACAAGUCAUCAAGAGCCACAAGAUGAUGGUGGCUCAGCAGCAGUGGACACAGUUGCCAUCCCGACUACAAGAGAUGGAGACUCUGCUGUGACUGAAUCAAGAGAUAAAGAUUCAGCUGAAAGUCGCUCAAAUGGUAGAGAUCCAGAUGAUGAGCCCUCAGAUGGUGCAGCUGAUGAAGCUGCAGUCACCUCUGCCUCCACAGAUGAAGCAUCUACUGCACCUGUACUGACUGACCUGUAUGACGCUGGUUCAGCUGACAAAGGUCCAGUCACCACAACUCCUGGAGUUUCGACUGCAUCUCCAACAGAUGACUCUGUUGCUGCUGCUGGUGCAGCUGAUGAAGCCUCAGUCACCUCUGUCUCUAUUGAUGAAGCUUCAACAGCAUCUCUCAAGACUGACCUGUAUGACACUGUUUCAGCUGACAAAGGUCCAGUCACUCCAUCUGCAGCUGAAGAGGUUUCAGCUUCACCUCUGACUGCUGACUUGAAUGACGCUGAUUCAAGUGAAGAAGAUUCAGCUGAAAGUCGCUCAAAUGGUAGAGAUCCAGAUGAUGAGCCCUCAGAUGGCGCCGCUGGUGCAGCUGAUGAAGCUGAAAUCACCUCUGCCUCCACAGAUGAAGUAUCUAUUGCACCUGUACCGACUGACCUGUAUGACGCUGUUUCAGCUGACGAAGGUCCAGUCACCACAUCUGCAAGUGAUGGAGCUUUAACUGCACCUCCAAGAAAUGACUCUGAUGCUGCUGCUGGUGCAGCAGAUGAAGCUGCAGUCAACUCUACCUCUAUUGAUGAAGCUUCAACAGCAUCUCUCAAGACUGACCUGUAUGACGCUGUUUCAGCCGACGAAGGUCCAGUCACUGCAUCCUCAGCUGAUGAAGCCUCAGCUACACUUCCAGAGACUGACAAAGAUGAAGCUGGUCCAGCUGAUAAACGUACAGUCAUGGACUCUGAUGGAGUCUCAGCCACCAGCUCUAGAAACAUUCAGAGGAAGCCGCUUAAAAGGAUCAAGAGAUUCUUCGGCAGGAUGUUUAGAGCCCUGUGCUGCUGUUGUUGCUCUGUACAUGUUGAGGAAUAAUUCUAUGUAACUUCAUUUUCUGUGUAAUUUGUCAUUAAAACAUAAAUGCAUAAACAUA